GCCGCGCGCAGCCGAGCCAUGGGGGACCACUUCAUCCGCCACAUUGCCCUCCUGGGCUUCGAGAAGCGCUUCGUCCCCAGCCAGCACUACGUCUAUAUGUUCCUGGUGAAAUGGCACGACCUGUCUGAGAAGGUGGUCUAUCGGCGCUUCACCGAGAUCUACGAAUUCCACAAAAUCUUAAAGGAGAUGUUUCCUAUUGAGGCGGGGGACAUCAACCCAGAGAACAGGAUCAUCCCACACCUGCCAGCCCCGCGGUGGUUUGAUGGGCAGCGGGUGGCCGAGAGCCGCCAGGGCACUCUUACCGAGUACUGCAGCGCACUCAUGAGCCUGCCUGUCAAGAUCUCCCGCUGCCCGCACCUCCUCAACUUCUUCAAGGUGCGCCCCGACGACCUCAAGCUCCCCACAGACAGCCAGGUGAAAAAGCCAGAGACAUACCUGAUGCCCAAAGACGGCAAGAGCAACGCUGCGGACAUCACGGGCCCCAUCAUCCUGCAGACGUACCGCGCCAUCGCUGACUACGAGAAGGGCUCGAGCUCACAGAUGGCGCUGGCCACGGGUGACGUGGUGGAAGUCGUGGAGAAGAACGAGAGCGGCUGGUGGUUCUGCCAAAUGAAGACAAAGCGUGGCUGGGUCCCAGCGUCCUACUUGGAGCCUCUGGACAGUCCUGAUGAAGCCGAGGACCCAGAACCCAACUAUGCAGGUGAGCCCUACGUCACCAUCAAAGCCUACACUGCUGUACUGGAGGACGAGAUGUCCCUGCAGGAGGGUGAAACCAUUGAGGUCAUUCACAAGCUCCUGGAUGGCUGGUGGGUCAUCAGGAAAGAAGAAGUCACAGGUUACUUUCCAUCCAUGUACCUGCAGAAGGCAGGGCAGGACAUAGUCCAGGCCCAAAGCCAGAUCAAGAGCCGGGGGGCGCCGCCCCGCAGGUCGUCCAUCCGCAACGCUCACAGCAUCCACCAGCGGUCACGGAAGCGCCUCAGCCAGGACACCUAUCGGCGCAACAGCGUCCGUUUUAUGCAGCAGCGCCGCCACCAGCGGCUCGGGCCUCAGAGCUCCCGGAGCGCCCAGAAGGAGCAGCAGCAACCCAAGACCGAGCGCCCCAAGCCGCAGCCGGCCGUGCCCCCCAGGCCCAGCGCAGACGUCAUCCUGCACCGCUGCAGCGAGAGCACCAAGCGGAAGCUGGCCUCCGCCGUCUGA